UUUUCUACUUUUCCCAUUUAAACGGGUCAGCAAGUGGCGAAAAGUAGGAGCGAGCUAGUAAUAAAAACUAAACACACAUUUUCACGUUGCCCGCUUCUCGUAACGGACCGAUUUCACUUGUGAAACGCUCGAGGCCGUAGCGGUUGCAAAGAUAAUUUUUUUUUUGAAAGUUCGAUUGAUAACAUAAUUUCAUUUAAAAUGGCGGAUUCCGAACUUUCUGCAAUUUUGUCGCAGCGUCAGAUUAUAAAUGAAGGUAAUGGCAAUGGAGAUACCGCGAUGAUUCCGAACAAGAAAAAGUAUUUCAACCCUUACACGGAGUUCAAGGAAUUUUCGAUGAAAGAGAUCAAAGAAUACGAACGAAUGUUUAAAAAAUUUGAUGUCGGCAACGAUGGUUUCAUCGACCUUGAGGAGUUGAAGAGAAUGAUGGAGGUCCUCGGGGCUCCCCAAACCCACUUGGCUCUGAAGCAAAUGAUCAAGGAAGUGGACGAAGACUUGGAUAAGAAAAUAAGCUUCAGAGAGUUCAUGCUGAUUUAUCGAAAAGCUAGAGCUGGUGAACUUGAUAUAGAUGGCGGCCUCUCCAAGUUGGCUUCCUUAACAGAAAUCGAUGUUGAUGAAGCAGGUGUGGGCGGUGCUAAGACUUUCUUUGAGGCUAAAAUAGCCGAGCAAGCUGCCAGCUCGAAGUUCGAGGAGGAGAUUCGCGCCGAACAAGAGGAGAGGAAGCGGGAAGAAGAGCUGAGGAGAAAGCGCCAGGCUGCAUUCAAAGAGAAGGCGAACUUCUUUGGGCAGGUGGCAGCACAAAAUGCUUGAACUGGAAGGGGGGAGGGGAGUCAACUCUCCCUGGAGAAAUAUAUAUAUUUUUUUUAAAUUGAAGAAUGAGUUUCACUUGUAUAUAAAAGUGUGUAUUUUUUAGAUCAUAAUUUUAUAUGUGUAUGAUAUUAUGCCAAGUUCUGCAUUUUUGUAUACUUUAAAUUGUAAAUAAUGCUUUACAGAUGUUUUAAUAUAUUGUUUUCAACUUUCAAA